ACUCUGCUAGGUGCUGCUGCUGCUGCUGCUUUUUUGUACCUUUUACCUCUGGCACAACCUCAGUCCAUGCAUCAGUCCUCAGCCUGUGUGCUGAGAAGAGUGCACUGCCUCUGUGAAUCAGCUGAGUCAAAACGGGUUUCAGAUGUUAUGGACAGUUGCUUUGCAUGGCAGGCAGAAAUUCAACAGGAAAAUCACACUGCACCUCCUGGAGCCGGUGGUGUAUUUGGCAUCCCACUGCAUGCGCUGCCCCUUUCUGAUAAGGCAGAAGGUGUGCCACAGUUCCUUGUGGACGCCUGUGAAUUGCUCCGACCACAUCUUCAUGUUGAAGGGCUUUUCCGGAAAUGUGGCUCCAUGACGCGCAUCAAGGCUUUAAAGAGCCGGUUGGAGGCUGGGGAACGCUGCCUGGAGAUGGCUCUCCCAUGUGACAUUGCAACCCUGGUAAAGCAGUUCCUAAGAGCCUUGCCCGAGCCCCUGAUCCCAGCUAGACUUCAGGGGCCUCUCUGCCAAGUCCAGCGGCAAGAAGACAGCGAGGAUAAUCGGAGUUCACUGAUGCUCUUGGUCACCUCCCUGCUUCCGCAAAGAAGUGUGGACCUUCUCCGCUACCUCUUCAACUUCCUUCAGGAGGUGGCAGCCAGGUGUGCUCAGAACAAAAUGGACUUGAGCAACCUGGCUGUUAUCUUUGCACCCAACUUGUUCCCCAGUGCGCAUUGCAGCCACCUGAGUUGCCAAGCGGAGGAGCAGCUGCGGAGCCAGGCUGCUGUGGUGCAGACUCUCAUCACCCAUGCUCCUGAGAUCGGCAAUGUCCCCCAGUUUCUCUUGGGAAAAGUGCAAGCUGCACUUUCUGACCUGGACCGCAAAAGACAACCCUCACCAGGAUCUGAAGAGCAGAGAGAGAGGGAUGGAGAAGGAAGGAGUAGACGGCGUCGACGGAGCGUGAGCAACUUUGUAACUGAGACCCUGAGCAAAUUCAAAACAAGCCGAUCCCUUUAUUCCGCUCAUUGCCAGGACAUGAAAGCAGACUCCCCAAGUAAUACAACUCUGAAAACGUCUUUCAAUUCGAAGCGGAAAGCUUCUGAAGACGUUGCCUGGGCUACUGAAGUUUCAGCUAAGAAGAGGAGAUCAGGCAUAGAUUCACUCAGCUCUGAUCCCUUUGAAGAUGAUGCUGGGGAUCCAUUUAAUCAACCAGUGGAUCUGGGUUCAAUGCAAGAUCCUAUAAGCGCUGCUCCAGCUGUUUCCAGUGGCAUCUCAAAUCCAAUCUCUGACAUGCGACGAGGGGCACGAAGCCCACGAAGCCCAGCUGUAAAAGUUCAAAGGAAACGGAGCAGCAGCAAGAAGAAACGCCCUCCAAGAAAACACUCUGUUCAAUCUUCCCCCAGCCGCUCCCCGACUUCUUUUGAGCGGAAGGACGCGGGUCGCAAGUCAUUGCGCAUCUUUUUCCGCCAAAGCAAAGAUCUGGCAGGAGAACCAAGUGGCUGGCUUCUGAUGAAGAAGAUGGUAACAGAGACCAUUGAAGGCCCAACGUCCCAACAGAAAUGGGCCCAGCUACAGUCAUACAAGCUCAAAGAAAGUGCAACAGGCUCUUCAAGCCAGUUGCCCAAAGAAAACAGUUGCAUCCCUGCUUCUACAAACCCGGUGAUGAUGCCACAUGUGGUUGUGAAAUGCAAAAGUUGUAAGGCACCAAGGCCUGGCUUUGAUGCGGUCAUCUGUGGGCACCAUGAGAUGGGUUUGGAUGGCAAGCUGGAAAAGAGAGGGGCACUGGAUAAGGCAGAGGAUGUGGCUGAGGAGGGCAGGCCAGUGGCUCUUUCAGCCAAGCACCGCAGACCUCUUCGUCGGUCACUGAGUUGGUCUGAAGGUCUGUCAAUGAAAAAUGCCACAGAAGAAAUAGAUUUCUCUCCAGAGGAAGCUCCUGUGAGACUUGGGAGGUUUGGGGCCGGCUUAUUUGGCCUCCCAGAUGCAACCCAACCGGACAUGGAAGUCUUAGUGGCAGGCGUGAGGCAACUAGGCAUCCCUGCCAUGUGUGUAACACCGGUGGAUAGCUGUGUUCCUGGUUGUGCAGAGAAUGGCCCUAGCAAUCCACUUCCCUCCAAACCAGACCUGUCCGAUACCCAUCUCUCUUUUGCUGAACACCACCAACAGCUCAAUGAAGCACCCAAAAGUAGCCUGAAGCGCCUAACCCUCAGUUUUCAGCGGGCUUCGUCCCAAGCCAAUGAAGGGUCCAAGGUAGCCAGUCUUAGCCUUUCCAAGCGUAAAGGAGGGCGCCGGUUUGGUCGCUCAAUCAGCCACGAAAGUGGCCUGCCCUUACAGGCUGAGCAAGAGGCGGCCGCUGGGCUGAGCGGCCAUGCUGCAAAGAAAGAGGCAUCCCUUCAAUCUCCUAUGAGCCCUUUGCAGUCCUUCAAAGCAUAUGGGAGGCAGAUCUUCAUAACCCGCAAACAUAUCAUGAUGUCCUUUGCUGGGUUUCGUGGCAAAAGAGAGACAUCAAGCCCGAAGGGCAUCCAAGUGCCAACUGUGGGCACACCAGAGCCCUAGCUAGGAAUAGCUGUGGGAAGGAAAACAGUCAGUGGUGAGAAUGCUGAUCUCCCUGACUCUGCUCUUGGGUGAAGUUAAAGGAAUAAUAUUAUAAAAAAUCCUUGGAAGUGUUGCAAAACCUGGUCCAAUGUACUCUCCCUUUUGGCCGGCUGGGAUUGCAGUUCUAUUUCUGGCGGCUGUUACAGGUGAAAUGGUCCAACUUGAGUUUAAUUUGCAUUGUCCAACGUCAUUGCAUUUCCUUCUAGCUUUUUUGGCACAAUUCUGGGUGGCGGGGAUGGAAAAGGGUGGUGGGUUUUUGGAGGGAAAAGUGCUGAUGGCAGCUAAAUCUGUAUUCUCUCCUGAAUAAAUAACCCUUCCCUUUAAAACGAUGCUAAUGUUGGCACUGACCUCCCAGCCCUCACUUGCUCCAGUCUGUUGUCCUUAAAUCCACCCCACCACUCUAUAUUAUUUUUACCUACCAUUUCGUGUACCAAGACACCAGCUGUGCCUUGUACCAAACCUUUUGAUUGUGGGCGUUAAAAAUGUCGGUGUAUUUAAAAAUCCUUCCUCCAUUGUGCUCUCCCUCCAACUAAACUACCUCUAGUGACCUUGAAAGAGCAUAUGUACAAAUUGUGUACUCAGUAAUAUUAUUUUGCCAUUGGACUUGUGAUUUACAGCAGGCAGAGGCUGCAACUGAGAACAUAAUAUUUGGCUUCUCAGAACUGAGAACUUUGGACUUGCAGUCUCUAUAGCAAAGGUAAAAAAGGAGUAUUGCUAUGCUGUGUUUCAGCUCUGCACACACUCUUCCCUAAAUUACUUGUGGUUGCAAAAGACAUAAUAAGGCACAAAUGUCAAUUGUUUAGUUAUGUUCUUGAUAUUACAGAAUGACCUUCCCCAAACUUGGGGUUCUUCAGAUGUGUUGGACUACAACCCCUAUUCACCCCUAUCAUCUUCAAGAGACUAGUCCAACAGAGCUGAAAAGCACCAGUUUGGGAAUGCUAUUAUGGAUUGUUCGUGUUUAGCCUGGAUGGUGUUUGUAUGUACCUAAUUUCUUCAGUCCUCCGUUAGAGAGCUAUCAAAUGCCCCUCUCAUUUCGAUACAUAGCCUGUAUGUUUUAUGAUUAAUGAUGUGUGUCUUUGCCUCUUGGGUGCCUUUUUCUAACCCUAACACGAAAUACAUUAAAAGCAAGAAAGAUCACGUGGUUGCUCUUCUCUUAAACGACAUCUCCCUCUUUUACGCCCGUGCGGGUGUAUAUAUUUCAAAGCCUGGCUUUAAACCCUGCUGUUUCAUUUGGUCUUUUUUUAAAAUCCAGGGUCAGUAUGGUUAACGCAGGGGAGGAAAGCGCAUUAGUGAGGUGUGGAGGGGACAUGGCUGAAUUGUGCCCUGGGAGAGAGCAACAAAUAGGCACCAGUGCCCACAUCGAAGUGCAUAGUGCCCAAGGCCAGGUAAUUUUUUUGUUCAGGAUGGCGUUUGCAAAGCAGGAUUGCUGCUGGGCUCCAAUCCCAAAAUACCUCCUGGGUGGCUUCUGGGAGGAACAGAAUUGAUCUCCCCCAUUUGGUUCCCAGGGAAUCUGAAGCUCACCGCAUAGUACAGGGAAACCUGGGUACAAAUAAUAUAAUAAAUCAAAUAAUUUAAAACUGUUGUAGGUAUAGUGGCCCUAUUGGCCGCUAAUAUGGCCAACUGGAAUUAAAAGAUUCAAAAUCAUCCCAUGAUGGCACUUUUAUCAGGCUAACCAAAAGAUGCAAAAUACAUCAAGCUUCAUAGGGUCCUUUCUUCAGGGGCAGUAAAACAGCCUGCAGGGGAAAGAAAGUGAUGUUGCAGCCAUGGCGUCUAGGGCUGCCAGGUCUCAGGGGCUGGUCCUGAAUCUCCAGUUUGGCUGGGUCAUUUCUGGGAGUGGGAGACACAGGUGCAAAUCUUCCAGUUUUGGUAGGUUCAGCUCCAGGCAAAAGGAAAAGCCUGGGUGCCUAUCUCCUACUAAGCUAGUAGAGCAGCUACAAUACAAUUUUGCAAGGCUUAACUGAUUUGUUGAUGUAACUUGCAAAUGUUUUUCAUGAGGGAUUUUCUAUGUACUGUAUAUACUUAGUUAACGUUCUCCUUCUUUCCUAGUGAUGGUAGCGACAGGGCUCACCCUCUACUCUACAUCUGCAUCCUCCUUCUGGCUGGAUUUAAAUGUUCCUCAUGCUGUAUCCCUUACAAAGUGAGAAAGAAUAAUCCCCUCAUUCCACCCUGAUCUCUGAUUGUUACUGAAUGCAUAAUCUUUAAUGAUAUUAUCAGACAGCUAUCCCUAAAUUUUAGGUUUUGUUCCAGAAAUGUCAUGGCCUAGGAUGAUCCUGUUUUGGCAACCCUAAUCUUGAAACAGACUGACACAGCUAUCUCUUUGGAAGUUUGUGAGCAUGAAAAAAGUGAGGGCUUUCUCCAGCUGUAAUGUCAGCAAAGGCAAAGGAUGUAAAACACAGGCAAUAAAGCUUGGCUUCUGCAUUUGGAGUUGCAAA